AUGAGUGCUAGCCUUCCUCCUGAACUAAGCAGCCCCUACCAACCUACCAACAUUAGCAGGAGCUUGAACCCCACUGAUGAUGACAGGAGCUACCAAGUGCCCCUCCUAGCCCUGGGCUUGCUUUGCCUCUUGGAGUUGACUAGGGUCUUGGAGGAGAGAGAAGGGGCAGAGGGAGGCGGGGCCAACCCUCUGAGCAGGAUAAAAUGCCAGGAGGAGGGGUGUGGUGCGGGCACAGCCUUGGCAUGGCCCUCUGGCUCCUCAUUCUCCGCCAGCUCCAUGGCCAGCCCUGUGGAUGCAUCCUCACCAGGCCAUGCCAGUGGGUUGGGUUCCCCCCGGAGAAAGCGGACCACCUUCAGCAGGGGGCAGCUGUUGGAGCUGGAGCGGGCGUUUGCAGCACGGCCCUACCCCGACAUCGGCACCCGUGAGCACCUGGCUCGGGUAACCUGCCUUCCUGAGGCCAAGAUACAGGUGUGGUUCCAGAACCGCCGGGCCAAGAGAAUCAAGAACAGGAAGGCAGGAGGCCUAAGCCCCAGGCCCGAGCACACCCAGAGAGCCCGAUCUCUUCCAGACACCCUCCAGCAGGCCCGGGAGCCCCGAACACUAGGCCAGCUUCCGCCCUCCAACAGCACACCUCAGUGUGCCUCAAUGAGUCGACAUGCCUCCUGCCCAGCUCCCGGCUUGAGUCCAGGGCAGGGCUGGGCAGGGGCUAAAGCUGUAGCCCCAUGGGGACCAGCUGGGGCUGCAGGGGUCCACCUUUCUUCAGAGCGAGCCACUCCCCAGACCUCAUUGGGCAGCUUAUCUGACCUCAUCUAUGCCUCCGCCAUCGUCACCAACCUGGACCACUCCUAA